AUAUCAUUGAGAUAACACAUAAGGAGAUGACAAUUGGGUUGGUGUUUGGUGCAAUUUUAGUUAUUGUCUUGAGUUACUGGAUCCAAAAAUGGAGGUACCCAAAAUGUAAUGGUGUUCUACCUCCAGGUUCUAUGGGAUGGCCUAUUAUUGGAGAGACCCUUGAACUUUUAAUUCCUAGCUACUCACUUGAGCUUCAUCCAUUCAUCCAAAAGAGAAUCAACAGAUACGGUUUGGUAUUUCGAACUAGUGUAGCAGGGCGACCGGUUAUAUGCUCAGCCGACGCGGAUUUCAACCAUUAUAUCUUCUCUCAAGAAGGGAAAUUAGUGGAACAAUGGUACAUGGAUACAUUUUCUGAUGUGUUUGUACUGGACGGUGAAACAAGAACCAACGGUGCCACUGCUUACAUUCACAAGUACGGACGAGGCCUUUUCUUGAAUCAUUUUGGCUCUCAAACACUUAAACAAAACCUACUCCCUCUCAUUCAAGACGCUGUCACUAAAACUCUACGAUCAUGGUCAUCUCAACAAUCUAUAUGUGUUAAACGUGCUUCAUCCAAGGCGGUUUAUGACCUCAUGGCUAAGCUAAUUUUUAGUUAUGAGGUUGAGAAUUCAUGUGACGAUUCCAGUGAGUAUUUAUCUACAAUUAUGGAUGGUCUUAUGUCGUUUCCUGUGAAUAUUCCAGGCACUAGAUACCAUCAAUGUCAAAAGAAUAAAAAGAAGAUGAUGAAGAUGUUGAAGCAAGUGUUAACAGAAAGACGAGAGUCAAUACACAAAGAUGGUCGAAAUGAUCUCCUAAAUGAAGCCCUGAGAGAUAUGCAAAAAGAGAAUUUCUUAACAGAAGAUUUGAUUCUUAAUCUUAUGUUUGCUGGCUUAUUUGCUGGCUUUGAAGGAAUUUCAACACUUUUAACAUUAUUUUUCAAAUUCCUUUCUGAUCAUCCGCUAGUCCUACAAGAGUUAAUCGUUGAACAUGAAAAUAUUCUCAAAUACAGAGAUGGAUCAAAUACAUCAGUUUCUUGGAAUGAGUAUAAAUCAAUGACAUUUACACUUCAGGUAAUCAAUGAAACUCUCAGGUUGGCAAAUACUACUCCUGGUUUCUUGAGAAGAUCAAAAAAAGACAUUCAAUACAAAGGAUAUACAAUUCCAGCUGGUUGGACAAUAAUGGUUGUCACUUCUGCUUGCCAAAUGAAUCCACACAUAUAUGAGGAUCCACUUGUUUUUAAUCCAUGGCGUUGGAAGGAUGUGGAUCAACAAGCUAUAUCGAAGAAUUUCGCACCUUUUGGUGGGGGAAAUAGGCAAUGUGCCGGAGCGGAAUAUAGCAGAGUAUUCUUGUCUAUAUUUUUGCAUGUCCUUGUGACCAAAUACAAGUGGACAACAAUUAAAGAAGCAAAAAUCAGACGAAGUCCUCUUUUAGAAUUUGGAGAUGGUGUCUACAUUAGGUUACACACGCCAAGUUAGAAACUAUUUUUCUUUUUUUAAGAAGGAUUUAUAAUUUAGUAUAAAAUAAAAUUAUUGGAUGAUCAGUAUAUAUGAAAAUGAGUGUAGUAUGUAAUAUUAUAUCUAAUUAAUAUAAUAAAUUGGUGCAACCUUUUCAGGAAA